GGAACUCGGGGAGCCUCUCACCGAGGUGGGAGGGUGGCAGAAGAUGAAGCUGAAGCAGCCCGAUCUGAGCCAGCCUCAGCCCUCGCUGCCCGAGUACUACGGCUUUGCCGAAGAGGAGUUGGACAAGUACUGCUCGGUGUUCAAGGGUCUUCAUCCGGAGGUGGAUGAUCCUAUUGAGCAGGAGACCGACUUGACGGCGAUUAUGGUGGCGGGGAGCGGCACGGAGCAUGGCCGCACGAAGCUUCUUAGUGGGGUGAUCAAGCCGCAGAGGACCCUCACGCAGAUCAGGUCUACCCUCACCGCCGGCGACCCACCGGUCGCGCCUCCUCGACACCGUCGUACGGAUGCUCACUUUGAGGCCGCCUACGCGGCCGCUUAUGAGAACUAUUUGACGGUUGUAGCAGAGUGGGACCUCAAGAGAGCGGCUUGGGAAGAGUACCAGGAGGCGACGAGUCGUGUAAGUUCCAAUCUUUUAUGGUUCGAAGACAUGACAAGUCCCACCUCCCCUUUUUUUAUAUCUGCGGCGCUUGACAUCUAA